UGUCUAGCUCCCCCCGUCCGACCCACCCGUAGAAGUCGGAGCCAGCAAAGACCAGGUUGCAUACGAGCAUGGAUACAGGGAUGAGGGUGCCUGUUUUUUUUUUCUUGGUUCGUCACGUAUUCCAGGGAAUUGGGAUCUAUGGAUUCCCAUGUGUUCUCUUGGCCGGCUUGCAGAUGCUUUAAUAACAUGCGCUUUUUGUUCGGCUUUCUUACGUACAAGUAUCGCCAUGGGGCCCGGUCCGUGGGAUGUGGACUGGUAGAAUUUUCGUGAGAACUUGGGUGGUUUUGGGGAGAAUAUACCGGAAUGGGAGAGAUGCCCGGGCUUGAGCUAUUACUAUACUCAGCUAACUACCUACCUAACUACACUCAGCUAUUUAGUACUUAGGAUAAGUACCAUUUACGAGUUACUAGGGGUAAUUCGGUUAUUUCGAUACACUCAAGACAAAGUUGCAGCUAGAAAAGGUGGUGUAUAUGCAGAAAUUAAUUCUCGUAUGUUUAGUCUAAAGCCUCUUCCAUCAUAGAUAAUAUCUUGUGUCAAUAGGAGAGGGGAUUAUUUAAUGAGAUUCUUGAACAAUCCUUCUUUCAGCGACGAUCUUCCUAUCAUGGCUACACAAUCGAAUAUUUCGGCAUUGUCGAACUCUCAGUUUCAGAGGCAACCACUGUCUUAUUUGGAAGGCCCGGUAGACCCCCCGUUAGUUGAUCUAACUCUCGGUGAACUUUUGGAUCUCCAAUGCCAGCAUCACGGCAGUCGGGAAUGCAUCGUCACGCCUUGGACGGGCGCUCGGUGGACGUACAAUGAGCUCAAUCAGCAGAGCUCUCAGCUGGCGAGGACGCUGCUUUCGCUUGGGAUCGGCGUCGGAGAUCGUGUUGGCAUUAUGGCUGGUAAUUGCGAGCAAUACGCCGCCGUCUUCUUCGCUGUCGCACGGAUCGGGGCUAUACUGGUGAUAUUGAACAACACGUACACACCAACAGAAGCGCUACAUGCAUUGAAGUUCUCGGACUCGAAAAUAUUCUUCACGACGAAGAAAAUUGGAAGGCUGCAGAACACCAAACUGUUAGCGGAACUAGCCAAGGAGAAGGAGGGUCCCAACGUCGUCAUCCUAAGAGGCGAGUCGGGGUCAUAUCCAACAUACGCGGACCUAAUCAAGCAAGGGAGAUCGGUAAGCGACAGCGAUCUUCAUCGUCUCGGGAAAAGGGUUCUCGCGCAUAAUGUGUGUAAUCUGCAAUUCACGAGCGGCACCACAGGUCUUCCCAAGGCGGCUAUGUUGACACACCACAACAUCGUCAACAACGCUCGCUUCAUCGGUGACCGCAUGCGACUUACACCAGAUGAUGUUCUCUGUUGCCCGCCACCAUUGUUCCACUGCUUCGGUCUUGUGCUCGGUAUGAUGGCCGUCAUCACCCACGGUGCCAAGAUUGUGUAUCCGGAGGAGACCUUCGAUGCGGCCGCCGUCCUUCGCGCCAUCUCCGAUGAGCGUUGCACCGCGGUACACGGCGUCCCCGCCAUGUUCGAUACCCUAUUCAGUCUUCCCUUCCCUCCUAACUUCGACUGCACCAACCUGCGCACAGGAAUCAUCGCUGGAGCCCCAGUGCCCCGCUACCUCAUGGAACUGCUAGUCGAGCGUUUUGGCAUGACAGAAUUCACUAGCAGCUACGGACUGACAGAGGCCAGCCCGACCUGCUUCAACGCAUUCACCGACGACGCUAUCGAAAAACGACUGACUACCGUAGGUACAUUGAUGCCACACGCGCGCGCUAAGAUCAUCGACCACGACGGUCAAAUCCUACCGCUGGGCGCACGCGGCGAGCUGUGCAUCGCGGGGUACCAGCUACAAGCCGGAUACUGGAACAACUCGGAGAAAACAGCAGAGGUAAUGCAGCGCGACGCUGAAGGCGUCCUGUGGUUACGGACAGGUGAUGAAGCUGUGUUUGACGAGCAGGGGUACUGUUCCAUUACCGGACGAUUCAAGGACAUAAUUAUUCGCGGCGGCGAAAACAUAUACCCCCUCGAGAUCGAAGAGCGGCUACUAGCGCAUCCGGCCAUCACCCGGGCCAUAGUCACAGGACUCAAGGACGCGCAUUAUGGAGAGGUAGUCGGCGCGUUCUUGCAGCUGGCAGAUGAAGCCGUAAAGGAAGGGGAAAAACUGGGUGAUCAGGAAGUUCGCGAUUGGGUGCAGCAGAAGCUGGGACGCCAUAAGGCACCGACACAUGUGUUUUGGCUAGGCGAGGAUGGUGUGCCGGCUGAUGUGCCGCUGACGGGGAGCGGUAAGGUUAAGAAGUUUGAGAUGGCGCGGUUUGGCGAGGAAAUAUUGAGGAAGAGGCGUUUGGAGAAGUUGUGAAUAGGUACUUAUGUGGAUUGGCUGAGCUAUGCUUUCUAGGCAGUGUUGUACACGCUGCGAGUAUUUGGAGAGAUGGGAGGCAUAGUGUGAUGAUGGGGAAAGGAUUGGCAUAAUUUAGUAUAGAGUUGUGUAAAAGUAGACAUGAGUGAUGAAGAAGAAAAGAUAUAUGAAUGAGAUUUAGAUAAGAGAGAUAUAAGUUAGAUGUUUGUUGUGGCCGAGUUGU